AUGUAUGCCAAGAAAGAACAAGGCUUUGGGCACAAGUCUUAUCAACACAUUUUGAGGGCUCUUGCACAGAGGAUAGCACCAGGACCUUGGCAGGAACAGACAGGGCUGGACAUUGAGGGCCUCCCACAGCAACAUUUUGGUGUUGACUGUGGAAUUUUCAUGAUCAUGUAUGCUUGGUACAUCGCCCUGGAGACACCAUUUGAUUUCUCCAUACAUGACAUGCCCUACCUGAGGAGGUGGUGGUGCACAGUGUUAAUGGAGAAUCUGGAGAUCGAGGGGCAUGGAAGAAGAUUCGCACAUUUCACAGAGGAGGGCAGAAAGAUGGCAGACGGUAGUGUGGCACCUGUUUUCAGUGUGCCACGAAAAAGGAAGCUGGACACUAUGGAUGGUAAUGGGCAGAUAAUAGUUGGGCCACCAGCAGCAACGUCAGCAGCUCCUACAGCCCCAACAGCAGCUCCAACAGUCCAGUGUGACAGCUGUGUCAACAUUGAACAGAGAGAAGAGAGUUUCAGUGAAUUAGAGGACUUCAAUGAAGAAGGUGAGGACACAAGUUGUAAGGGGUUAUAUAUUGCACAUCAAACAUUAAUCAGGACUCCCACCCACUCGCCACCACACAUCCAGUCACUCUCUUAA